UUUACAGUAAUUUGAGGUUAAUAUCAGGUGAAGGGUUUGGUGCAGGUCCAAGAGAUGGCUCGCCGGGGCAUUGUCUGCUAAUUGUGUAUCAGAACUUGAAUGGUUGUAGGUGCCCAGAGUACUGUAGAUAGAAACGGAGUGCAGUGCAGUUGAUGAAAUAGUAAUUUGGCAGUUGACCAAAUGGGAGUAGAAAAAAUACCAUGGUAUAGGCAUUAGAACAAACACCAGGGAUGGAUCACCUUAUCUUCCUGGCUCAAGAGAGGGUAGAGUCCUUACAGUUAACUUUACGCUCAGCUUCGUCCCGUUUAGCAAAUAAUGUCACCUCUCUGGGCAGUGGAGCCAGGACUACCUUCACCAACACAGUCAAUGCCAUCAAGAACCAAAGGCUUAGAAUAGACUUGACAGAUAAAGUCCGAGAGUGGCUAGCAAAACUUAGAGAGGCGUUAAGUGCGUUCUACCCCUCUCAAGUUUAUGACCGAUUUUUAGUGUUUUUCCUUACUGAAGUCACACGCACACACAUAUACUUUGGCGGGGCAUGUUUCUUUGCGGGAAGCAUCUUUGGCAUACUCGUGGGCAUGAGGAUACACCACAGCUUAGUCGCACCUCAACGAAUGAGAGCUGUGGUGGCCAACAGUUACAGAGGAAUGGAGGCCAUUGGAGUGGUGGAAGAUGUGGUCGCUCCGAGGAUUAUCGAGCCAUACCAAGUACUAAUUCAAGUCAAAGCUGCAGGAAUUGACUAUCUGGAUAUUAAAGUGGCGGAAGGUUAUGGUCGUGUUAUGAGAAAACAACUAAAUAAAUAUAAUCCAAACACUGACGGGGAGUUUCCAGUUGUGUUGGGGCGAGACUGUUCCGGUAUUGUAGUGGCCAUAGGCAAGGCCGUCACACGAGUUGAGCAGGGGGAGGAGGUUUGGCUUGCAGUUCCAUUUUAUCAUCCAGGGACUUUGAGUGAAUAUGUGGUGGUGUCAGAAAAGCUGGUGGCCCUGAAACCAACACAGUUAUCUUAUGAAGGAGCCGCUGCACUUCCAUACAGUAUUAUGACUGCUUGGGAUGCUCUGGUAACACAAGGAGGUCUUGGCCCAGACUCUACCACAGGCAAAAGAGUGUUGGUACAUGCAGGUGUGUCUGGUGUGGGGGUGGUGGCAAUACAGUUGGUGCGAGCCUGGGGAGGAAGUGUCACUACAACAGUAUCCUCCCGAGCAGCACCUUUGGCACACAUGCUGGGUGCUGAAGACGUCAUUACCUAUGAUAAUUCAAAUUUUGAUAAGGAGCUCAUGCUAAGAGAAAAAUAUGAUGUGAUCCUCAACACAGUGGGUCAGGUGCUACAUGAUUCCUGUUUAAAACAUUGUCUUCCUGGUGGAGUCGUAGUGACCACCACCUCAUCUCAACUGGCGUCCGACUCUUUUGGAUAUGUGACAGGAGGCCUUUAUUCAUUGUACAUGAGAGCAAGAUACUGGUUCACAAAGUCACCUUGGCUGACUGGAGGUCGAUGGGGUACUUCAGAAGUCAGCGGUAAUGUGCUGGAGAAGGUGUCGCCUCUUGUAGACUCUGGACGGUUGCAGGCAGUUGUGGACAAGGUAUACACUGCCCAGGAUGCUGAGGUGGCAUUUUCACAUGUAGCCAAAGGCGAACAAAUUGGUAAAACUGUUGUGCGAUUUAGUAUUAACACACCAAUUAGGAAUCUAGGAAUGGCUUUUUGGCAAGACCAUUAGCUUCUCGAAUGGAAGGCUCUCAGUAACAUUGAUGGAUAGUCCAUUGUGGUAAUUCAUCUGAACACUUAAAUGUGAGCCAGUGUGGUAAUCUGUCCGAAGACUGAGACUGUCCUGCUGAUUGCAUUCUCUUUGGGAAAAAGCAACGUACAAUGUAAUAAAAAUAAAUCCAUUUGGGUUAUAUUUUUUUAUAAAUACAGGUAGUAGUUUUACUUAGACAAUCUUUAUAGCACAUACCUUGUAGGUGGAAAUUAUUAUAAUUGUGUUGACAGUACAGUAGUAAAGUUUGAAGGAAUACACUAUGUAUUUUUAGAUGGCACUAUACAGUAUAUAGCGAGUAAUACUUCCCCCCUCAUCACAAUGCAUACUUCAUUAUACAGCAGUUGCCAAAUAUUGAUUAGCUAGUGGUCUCACAUAGCUAGCUUAAUGCCUGGGGUUUCAUGUAGAUGCUAACAUAAUGCUUGCAGUCUCACGUAGCCAACAAAUAUAUUUGUGGUCUCACAUGGUCAGCUAGCAUAAUGCUGGUGAUCUCCUGUAACCAGUUAAUAAUAUUAUUGUGGUCUCUGUUAGCAAGCUAGCACAAUGCUUAUCACCUCACAGUGCCAGCUAACAUAAUGCUUGUGGCAGUCAUGUUGCCAGCUUGCAUUAUGCUUGUGGCAGUCAUAUUGCCAUCUAGCAUUAUGCAUGUGGUCUCGCUUCACCAGUAGCAAAAUGCUUGUGGAAUUACAUUGUCAACAGCAUAAUACUUGUGGUCUCAGGAAGCCAAUAGCAUAAUGCUUGUGGUCUCAGGAAGCCAACAGCUUAAUAAUGUUCGUGGUGUCAGGAAGCCAAUAGCAUAAUGCUUGUGAUUUCAGGAAAUCAACAGCAUAAUGCUUGUGGACGUCACCAGCAGCAAAAUGUAUGUUAACUGAGGUGCUCUCACAAUUCUAAAUCUUUACUAACCUUGAUAAAGAGAUCUUUUCUAAGAGCUGUCAUUUUGAUAUUGUAAAAUGUAAUGUAAAUUGUGCAGGCCUCCUGCUGUGAAUAUUAUUUCUACCUCAAUCAUUUGAAUUCAGAUUGUAGUGUACUUAUUUUUCAUAAAUAUUGUGCCAAGCCAAUGACAACAGUUCUGUCUCAGGUGUUGUUUUUAUUUACUGUACUGCUGAUAAAGUUUAAAUGCCGAGAAUUCUUAUUGGUUUUAAAGAUGUUUCAGAAUAAGAGCGUUUUCUCACUGCCAUGUCAUACAAGACUAGUCAUUGUGUUGCAUCAAUUAAGUAAAUCAAUAUUAAUGCCAAUAAAUCAUCUCCAUAAUUAACUUAUUUAACAAAUUAGUUCGGUUUUAUUCUGUUAUUGUCAGUGCAUUCAGUAAUGUACUUUUGGUGUUGUCAUUGUUAUUUUACAUUAAUUAAACAAGACAAAACAGUUAUAUUUACAUGUACAAAAAAUAUAUUUUAAUCUACUUGAAGGAGAUACUGACUCUUAGGUUUCUGAAUAAAUUCCAUCAGCCGUAUAUUUUUGUAGGCAUUUCUAUCUGUAUCUUAGCAGAAUACUGUAAUGUUAUCUAAACUGAAGUAAAUACUGUAUGUAGUUCUCCCUGCUUGUUAGGUUCAGCUUCAGUUAACCAUUUUCAAUGUAAAAGAAAAAGUGAAAAGUACAGUGUCCCAGAGUGCUUACAGUGGAUGAAAACAUGAUUGAAUUGCUAUAUGGAGUACCCAAGGGUGGGGCAAAUCCCUCACUGCAGCAAAGUCCAAGUGGCUAUAGUGACAGAAAAUACUGAUUAUUAUAUACCUGUACAGUAUUUUGAGAUGCUGCAGGUUCCCUUCAUUUCACAAGUAAAUAUUCAUAAAUCAAGCACAUCUAAAUAAAUUAGUUUAGAUCUUAUUCCUGUGUUAAAGUACAGUAUUUAAAGAACUACAGGUAUAAUUAAGGAUGUUACUUGAUCCUACCAUGUGUGGAAGUGUACAGUCGUGUUUUCAUUCAGAGUGGAGAGAAUCUAAAUAUACAAUGAAUUACAAUCAGAAUAUUACAUUUUACACAAGCUUUACCAAGACUGCGUGCAAGGAGAUGCAAAUUCAGUUUCUCAGACAAGGACUACUAAUACUGAACAGGUUUCUCGACAAUACUACCAUCAGCGAUGCUCAUUGGCCGUCCAGAUGUGAUGUAAUUUUUGUGAUUGUUAUGCUCAUUUUACUUAAGCAAUGAGGCUAUUAAUGCUCAUUAGUGAUACGGUAGAAACGGAUUUUUUUGCCCGACUUAAGAUCUUUACGUGUAAAUACUGUAUUUAAUGAAAUACGACUGUGUUUGAUUGCCACAUAAUACAUAAACAAUGACAAGACAUAACACAAGGUCUUCCCACUAUGUUGUGAAAUAGUUAUUUGUGGUUUUUAAAUGUACAUAAUAGGUCAAAAUGGUAUGAACUAUAACAUGGGCAAGUGUUGUAUACAGUGUACAGUCUUCUUACUGAAUAAACAUAGAUAUGACUUUUUCAUUUUGAUUUUA